AUGAUUAUAUUUAAAUCCAAACCUGAUGACUUGUCAUAUUUAGAUAUUUCCAGGUUAACAUUCGAAGCGGUAUUAGAAGUGGUGAUUAUUUGUUUUGCCGGUUUUAUCGCCGCUAAAACCGGAUUAUUAAAUACCAAUGGACAAAAAGUUAUUAGUGCAUUAAAUGUUGACUUGUUUACACCUUGUUUAGUGUUCAGUAAAUUGGCUCCAUCUUUAAGUUUAGAGAAAAUGGUUGAUAUUAUUAUAAUUCCAAUCUUUUACUUUUUAUCAACAGGUAUUUCAUUCUUAUCAUCAAAAUUCAUGGGUAAGGUAUUAGCAUUAAAUGAACCAGAAACUGAUUUUGUCACUGCAAUGGCAGUUUUUGGUAAUUCUAAUUCAUUACCUGUAUCAUUAACAUUAUCCUUGGCUUAUACAUUACCUGAUUUAUAUUGGGAUGAUAUCGAAAAUGAUACAAAAGAAGGUAUUGCAUCCAGAGGUAUUUUAUAUUUAUUGAUUUUCCAACAAUUAGGUCAAAUUUUAAGAUGGUCUUGGGGUUAUAAUAAAUUAUUAAGGAAAAGAUCUCAUGAAGAAUUACACACUUAUCAUUUUAAAACCGAUAAUGAAGAAACUAUUUAUAAUAACAUAACUGAAAAUAGUUUACAAGUUGAUACAUCAAUUGAUUCUCAAAAUGAAACCACUUCAUUAUUAUCAAGACCUCCAACUUCAUAUACAAUCACAGAAUCUAAUGUUGAUUCUACUGUCACAUCUGCUGCACCUUCAACUACCAGUAUUAAAUUUACUGCCAAAUUAAAAAGUUUCGGUAAAAAUGUUUUGGAUUUCAUGAAUCCUCCAUUAUAUGCCAUGUUAAUUUCUAUCAUCAUAGCUACUGUACCUAAAUUACAGGAUAUUUUCUUCACUAAAGGUACUUUCAUUUCAAAUACUGUUACCAAAUCAAUUACUCAAUUAGGUUCAGUUUCAAUUCCUUUGAUUUUAAUUGUUUUAGGAUCAAAUUUAUAUCCUUCAAAAGAUAUUCCUCCACCAUCAAAACAUUAUAAUAAGAUAAUUUUUGGUUCAUUAUUAUCAAGAAUGAUUUUACCUUCAAUUAUUUUAUUACCAUUAAUCACAUUAUGUGUUAAAUUCUUCAAAAUAAGUAUUUUAGAUGAUCCUAUCUUCUUAUUGGUAGCUUUUAUUUUAACUACAUCACCACCAGCUAUUCAAUUAAGUCAAAUCACUCAAUUGAAUGGUAUUUAUCAAAAGGAAAUGUCUGGAGUUUUGUUUUGGGGUUACGUGGUAUUUUCAUUACCUUCUACUAUGUUAGUUGUUGUAUCAAGUUUAGAAGUUUUGAAAUGGGCCAAUCCUUAA